AUGCCUGGACGUUUCUCUGGAAAGGUGGCAAUAAUCACUGGAUCUUCAUUUGGAAUUGGAAGAGAAACUGCUCUUUUAUUUGCUAAAGAAGGUGCCAAAGUGACAGUAACUGGAAGAAGUGAAGAACGACUCGAAGGAACAAGAAAAGUUUUGAUUGAUGCUGGAAUUCCAGAGAGUAAAUUUCUGAUUGUUGCUGCUGAUAUUACAACUUCCUCUGGACAAGAUUCUCUGAUUGCUGAAACAUUGAAACGAUUUGGAAAGAUUGAUAUUCUGGUGAAUAAUGCAGGAGCUUCAAUUCCAGAUUCUAAAAAAAAAACUGGAGUGAAUCAGGGAAUUGAAACAUAUGAACAAGUUAUGAAGUUGAAUGUUCAAAGUGUUAUCGAAAUGACACAAAAGAUUCGACCUCAUUUGGCUAAAAGUAAAGGAGAUAUUGUCAAUGUUUCCAGUAUUGUUGCUUUGAGCUUUGGAUGGGCUCGUACUCCAUACUAUCCACUGGCUAAAGCGGCACUCGAUCAGUAUACAAGAAGUGCUGCAAUCGAUCUGAUUUCAGAAGGAAUUCGAGUGAAUACUGUCAAUCCGAGAGUAGUUCAAACUGGAUUCCAUGAAAGUGCAACGGGAUUGUCGGCUGAUGCAUCUCAAAAGUUCUACGACGACAUGGGUAAUAACCCAUCAGCCAUUCCUAUUGGUUUCUCUGGUCGCCCAGAGCACAUUGCAAAGGCGAUUGCUUUCUUGGCUGAUCGAGAUUCCUCUGAAUACAUUAUCGGUCAGAACAUCAUUGCUGAUGGAGGCACCAGUCUCGUUCUUGGAAUUCACAGUCAAAUCAGUCAUCCGAAAAAGUAA